AUGCACCUUGAUAGGUCGGUGCGGCACACCUCUACGUUGGCGGCAGGCUGCGAGGAGGCCCUCCAGGCAGGUUGGUCCCCCACUGUGUCGCCGACCGGUCCUACCGAGGGGCGCGAAACACCUCGCAGGGAUCUUGACAGUGGCGACGAGCCCUUGGCCGGAUGGACGGCCGCACGGGGAAUAUCGAGCCUGCCCUUGGCAAGAGACGCACGGCACUGCUCGUCUAUGACGUCGACGAUGACGAACGAUGGCAACGGAGCGUUCGGGCGUGCAGCGUCGAUGCGUAGAUCGACUGUCGAUCUUGAGCCAACGACAUCACGAUUAGGCGUCAUGCAGAACCUCGACUCUUCCAGCCAAUAUAAGACGCAGCUGGAGGGUGCGGCACAUCUCCACGGACGCGGAGAAGUGCGAGGUCCUCCCGUUCAAGUAUACCAGGCAGGCAACGCGCGCGAGGUCAUUGAGGCCUGGGAUUCGGAUCGAGCGGGUGAGGGGUGCUUGCCCAGCUGA